AUGAAACUCUCCCUCGCUGUUGGAGCCACCCUUCUGGGUGCUGCUCUGGCGGAUAUCGAUCCCAUCGUUAUCAAGGGCUCAAAAUUCUUCUACUCCGGCAACAACACUCAAUUCUAUAUUCGCGGCAUUGCCUAUCAGCAGGAAUAUUCGAGCAAUGGAACCACCGACGGCAGCAACACCUACAAGGACCCCCUCGCCGAUGCUACUGCCUGCGAGCGUGACGUUCCCAUCAUGCAGGAGCUGAACACCAACACCAUCCGAGUCUACGCCAUCGACCCGACGGCUGACCACAAGAAGUGCAUGCAGCUGCUGUCCGACGCUGGCAUCUACGUGAUCUCGGACCUGUCGUCUCCGUCGCAGUCCAUCGACCGCAACGAUCCCAGAUGGGAGGUCUCGCUGUACAACCGCUACACCAGUGUGAUCGACGAGAUGGCCCAGUAUAACAACACGCUGGGCUUCUUUGCAGGUAACGAAGUGUCCAACAAUGUCAAGACGACCGAUGCCAGUGCAUUCGUCAAGGCCGCCGUCCGGGAUAUGAAGGCGUACAUCAAGCGGAAGAACUACCGUUCUAUGGGUGUUGGAUACGCCACCAACGACGAUUCGUCCAUCCGGGUACAUAUGGCUAACUACUUCAACUGCGAGAGCGACGAGGACAGCAUUGAUUUCUGGGGAUAUAACAUCUAUUCCUGGUGUGGUGACUCUACCUACCAGGAGUCUGGGUAUAAGGACCGCACUGACGAGUUCCGCAACUACUCGGUGCCCGUCUUCUUUGCUGAGUACGGCUGUAACUCCGUCUCGCCUCGGAAGUUCACCGAAGUCAAGGCGCUGUUCGGGGACAAGAUGAACGACGUGUGGUCUGGUGGUAUUGUCUACAUGUAUUUCCAGGAGGCCAACGAUUAUGGCCUUGUUUCUGUCGUCGACAGCACCAGCGUCAGCAAGCUGAAGGACUUUACCUAUUACUCGAGCCAGAUUGCCAGCGCCACUCCUUCGGGCACAAACAAGGCAUCCUACACGCCCACCAACUCGGCGUUGCAGAGCUGUCCCGCCGUCAGCACCGCUUGGAAGGCCACUCAGACUCCUCUCCCCCCUACCCCUAACGAGGAGCUCUGCAACUGCAUGGACGCCUCCGCCGGCUGCGUCGUCAAGGACUCCCUCUCUAGCUCCAAGUACUCCGACCUGUUCGGCGUGGUCUGCGGAUACACCGACUGCGACGGACUCACUGCCAACGCCACGACCGGCAAGUACGGCGCCUACGGCAUGUGCAACUCGAAGCAGCAGCUGAACUUCGCCCUGAACAAGUAUUACGCCGAACAGAGCUCGGCGGCCUCGGCCUGCAGCUUUGGCGGAUCGGCCACCACGACCUCAGCCGCCAGCAAGACCGGCAGCUGCAAAUCUCUGAUGAGCCAGGCGGGCACUGCUGGCACCGGAACGGUCACUUCGCAGCCCACCGCGACCGCCGGCUCGGGAUCCUCCGAGGCGUCUGCCAGUGCGUCCGGGUCGACCGGUGCGGCGCCCACGACGGCCGGUACUGCCGUUGCGGUUGGAUCUUUCCAGCUUGGUUUGUACGCCGUCCUGGCUGUGUUGACGGCCGCGACUAUGGUGCUGCUCUAG